AGAUGUUACGCCGUCGGAGCAAGAGGAUUUAUUCAUUAGGAAAUUAAAACAAUGCUGUGUGACUUUUGACUUUAUGGACCCAGUCGCAGAUCUCAAGGACAAGGAAAUUAAACGUGCGACUCUCAAUGAACUCGUUGAGUACGUGACAGCAGGUCGAGGGGUACUCACUGAGUCUGUUUACCCCGAAAUCAUUAAAAUGAUCUCGGCGAACCUUUUUCGAACACUACCACCUAGUGAAAAUCCAGAUUUUGAUCCUGAGGAGGAUGACCCAACGAUGGAGGCGAGUUGGCCUCAUCUUCAAUUAGUGUACGAGUUCUUUCUUCGAUUUCUCGAAUCCUCAGACUUUCAGCCUACCUAUGGAAAAAAAGUUAUCGAACAAAGAUUUGUUUUACAGUUAUUGGAUCUUUUUGACUCGGAGGAUCCUAGGGAAAGAGAUUUUUUAAAGACAGUUUUACAUCGUAUUUACGGAAAGUUCCUUGGCCUUCGAGCCUUUAUACGCAAACAGAUAAAUAAUAUCUUUCUUAGGUUUGUGUACGAAACGGAACACUUUAAUGGAGUGGGCGAACUUCUAGAAAUUCUGGGUAGCAUUAUCAACGGAUUCGCUCUUCCGUUGAAAGUCGAACACAAACAAUUCUUAGUUAAGGUGCUUUUACCUCUACAUAAGGUGAAGUGUUUGUCACUUUAUCAUGCACAGCUUGCGUAUUGUGUGGUGCAAUUUCUGGAAAAAGACGCAACACUAACGGAGCCAGUGAUUCGAGGUCUUCUGAAAUUCUGGCCUAAGACAUGCAGCCAGAAAGAAGUCAUGUUCUUGGGAGAAAUUGAGGAGAUACUCGAUGUCAUAGAACCUAGCCAAUUUGCUACAAUACAGGAGCCUCUUUUUAGGCAAAUUGCACGUUGUGUUUCGUCACCUCAUUUUCAGGUUGCUGAGAGAGCAUUGUACUUGUGGAAUAAUGAGUAUAUUAUGUCACUAAUCGAGGAAAAUAAUCUCGUUAUAAUGGGAAUUAUGUUCCCUGCAUUGUACAGAAUUAGUAAAGAACAUUGGAACCAAACGAUUGUGGCCCUCGUUUACAAUGUUCUCAAAACAUUUAUGGAAAUGAACAGCAAAUUGUUUGACGAACUUACUGCCACCUACAAAUCAGAGAGGCAAAAAGAAAAGAAACGAGAGAAGGAGAGAGACGAACUUUGGAAAAGAUUAAAUGAACUGGAACUUGAACGGCGCGGUGCAAUAAUGGCGGCUCCAAAUAAUUCUGUUCCUGUUUCAACUGCACCUGCAACACGAGCCCGACCCUGAGCUAGCGAGAAAUCACAAUCAUGUCACCCAGUCGUUAGAUCUUAGUUUACGUCGAGGAAAUAAAAAAAAAAAAAUAUAAUUAAAAAAAAAAACAAAAAAAAAAACAAAAAAAAAAAAUUGUCGUUGUUAGAAGAGAACCAGAAUUAUCUCACGGUGGCUUGUCUUGACGUAAUAAUAAUAAUAAUAAUAAUAAUAUUAAUAUUAAUAAUAAUAAUAAUAAUAAUUAAAAGAAAAAAAAAACUCCUUAGUUGAUCUUGUCCUCUUCAUAAUACUGGACAAAAAGCAAUUUGAUCAACUUUAUGGAGCGACAGAGAGAGAGAGUGUGUGUGUGUGAAUGAAAGAAAAAAAAGUGAGAAAAUGAGAAAAUCGGAAAAUUAGAAUGAAAGAAACCGAAAGUAAAAAUGAAAAAGAGAGAAAGAAAAAAUUCCCCACUUGCCCCUCCCC